GAGGGUGUACGGAAAACUAAUUCCUAUUGACAAUUACAUUGCUGUUGGUUUGAUAGCAAAAGUGGAUAUUUUUUUAAUUACUGAAACAGGUUACUUAUAUAAUAAAUAAAAAAUGAUAAAAAACGGUUGGUCAGCUCACUCUAGCGCCCAGAGCUAUUUGUUUUGUCUGCGCCCUAGCUACAGGUUUAAAACGACAUUAAAACAUUAAAACUGUCAUUAAACAGAACUUCAAGGAUGCCCAAGCCGCACCACGUCCUCUAAACGGCGUGGGCAUCUUCGAAACUGCUUGUAAUUUUAGAACAAGGGUGCUGAUAAGCUGCAUACGCCGUAUAACGUGCAGGCGUUUUUGGGCAAGUUUAGCGUUUUGCAAAAAAAUUGAAGUAUUCACCCGAAAAAACCUGCAUGGACCAUAAAGUAAACUAUGUGGUAGUAAAGUUCUUAAAAGAACUGUUUUUGAUGGUUUUUGAUAAAAUUUACUUGAUAAAUAACUUUUAAUUUUUAUUAACUUCUUUCUCUUAAAGCAUCUUUUUCCAACUAUCGUCCACAAGGUAUGUUACAAGGAAUUGAAUUUUGAAAAUGCUCCAGGCAAGUUCGGGAAAGUGCGGGCGGUUUUGGAAGACAAUCACUAAUUUAAUUGGAAAAGUUGCCCGAACUCGCCCUUAUAUAUGUUGCUGUUUGCAGCUUAUUGACACCCUCUUAUUUUAGAAUAUUCUCAGGAAUAAUAGACCAAGAGAAAUUACAUCACAGUUUUUUGUCCACCGACCACGUGUGUUUGAGAACAACCCACAUAACAAAGUUCAUUAUUUUUUAAAUUAUUUGUGUAAAAAUUACUAUUUCAUUCACGAUAAACCAUUUGUCAGUCAUUUUAUUCGCCCAACAAAGAAUCCUAUCCAAGGUGCUUUUCUAUUAGUGCUGAAUUUAAUAAUUGACAUGGUUCAGCAUAGUUUUUAAAAGGGUCUGAUUGCAAAAUAUGAUUGCCAAAGUUCAGCACUUGUAAUGUUUGUGUAUUUGUGUACUCAGCUUCUAAAACACACACAAGAGACAUUAUAAUUUCCUCUGGGUGAUUACAUUAAUGUUGGUUGAAAAAAAACCGAAUGAUGAGAAGCAUAUGUUUUUAAAUGGGUCUAGGACAAUAAACUUAUUUAAUUUCCCUUGGCCUUGCAUCAAUCAAAUUCUGAAAAAAUAAACACUUCUAAAAUUAUUUUGUCAGAUUUGGAAACUGUUGGUAUGGUUGGAACUUUGCGUAUAAAAUUAGUAAGCUUCACUAUAUGAAAACGUUUUCUUUUUCUUUUAGAUUGUGUACAAUGGGAGUGAGUGAUGUAAUCUUCUAAUGUGUGUGGUGAAAAGAAGGCGAAUCCGUUAUUGUUUUUCUGCCCAAAUUUGAAGCUAUUUAAUAAAUCUUGAUAAAGUUAAAAAACUGUUUUGAUUUGUUUGUUUUUGUUUUAAUUGUUUCCCGUGAGUUUUCGAAAUUCGUUCCAGCAGAUUCUGUGGCUUCUACUGCCGGUAUUUUUACGUGAAAAAAAUACUGUUUUGUUGUGAGGUCAUUUACGAAAUCGUUAACGUUAGGACCAACUUCUGCGGGUAGUACAACUCGAUGUAUCACAUAUCUUUCGGAAUACUGCUAAAAGUGUAAUUUUGUAUUGCACUCUUUACUUUUACCAUUCUGUGGGAAAAGGCGGUACAAAAUUUUAACACGCGUUAUUCGUUUUUGUUAGUUUCGCGUAAUCUAAUUUUCUCGCACAUUUUGAAAAGAAUAUCCCACGCACAUCAAAUACUCGCGCAGUCUAUUCGCAAAAAAACUGUUUUUGAGCAACGAAUUGUUCCGCAGAGCGUUCAUUUUUCUACCUCGUCCCCAGGGUUCUUCUAUAUGAUAUUCAAUUUUGAUGUAUUUCGGAAGAUGUUAGCGCCAAUUAAACAAGAAGCGCUAGGGACAAAGUAUUGGAUAGUUUAAUUUUGCUUGCAACUUGCGAAAUGCUUCGCAACCUUUUUUUUAAUUUCUAGUCUUACAUCAUAUCAUGUCAUUAUCUUAUACUGAUUACAGCGGAAAAGUCCCUAAUAUCAUCGUCAUGUCUUUGUCUAUCUUGUGUCUUAAAAACGAUGUUGCAUAUCCACCCCAGUGCAUUUGUUGCACAACAUUCUCACUCCAUGUAAGCCUAUUUGCAAAGCUGCAGAACGGAGUGCAAAGUAUUUUGUUUUGAUAUUUUGGGUUAUAGCCACAAGUGUCCCACAGCCACAAGUGUUAAAAUGGCGUCGGUGUUGUCUUCUAAUUCUGCGGAAAAUCUGGAGGAUGAGAAUGGUAUUCCUAAAAACGAAAUGGACAUGCACUCUGACGAUACUUUUUUAACCCAGACGCAGUUAUCAAAUCUAGAGUGUUGUGUGGAAAAAAUUGUGGACUCAGUACUUACACGAGACGGAAUAAGAUAUUACCUGGUCAAAUGGUAUGAGACAUGGAUAGAUGAGCAAUCUUUGCUUUUAAAAUGCCAAGAUAUUGUUUCAAACUAUUGGAAUUCAUUAAGUGAAGAACUAAACAAUGCAACAGAAGGUGGCACUGAUUUGAAUGUUCAUAAUGUGAUACAAUCAAUAGGUGGGAAACUUAAUUCUGAAGCUGUGUUUGAUCCAAUGCUAACAUUAUCUAAAGGUGAUUGCAAACAACCACUGUUGUCAAAAAAUAAGGAUAUUAUUAAAGAAAAUUUUCCUCCGUCAAAACAGGGUAAUGCAGAUACUUCAAGAACGGAAAAGAUUGAAGAAGUCAUAAUUGACCAUUCUGUAUCAUUGCCAGGAAGGGCCAAUAACACCUGCGAGGUGUGUGGUAAAGUUUUAUCUUCUAAAAAGGUUCUUCGGAGACACAUCAUUUUAAAGCAUUUAAAAAAUGGUCGUCACCAGUGCUCAAUAUGCUCUCGUAGGUUUUUUUCCAGCCAUGAACUUAGUCGCCACAUGCCUGUGCAUACUAACAUUAAAGCGCAUGAGUGCAAGGAAUGUGGCAAGGCAUUCAAGCAAGCUGGUCAGUUAUAUAAACAUUUACAAAUACAUACUGGAGAAAAGAAAUUUGAAUGCGACAUUUGCAAGCAUAAAUUUACACAGAAAACAAAUUUGCACAAUCAUUAUUCCACCCACUCUCAGGAAAAACUGUUUGAGUGCAAAGAAUGCAAAGUUAAAUUUAAACAUAGAAACAGUGUUUAUAUUCAUUGCAAGCGUUAUCAUUCUGGAAAAAGAGACUCAGUUUGCACAAUGUGUGAUGCUGGUUUUCAAAGCAAAGUGUUACUGAGAAAACAUGUUAGAGAAACACACUCAAAUGCAUUGUAUAAUUGUGACAAGUGUCCUAAAAAGUUUAUGUUGCAAAAAUAUCUAGAUAAACAUUUACUGAAACAUGAAGCUGAUGCUAUUUGUAGUGAUGACGCAACAAAAAAAAGGACUGCAAAUUGUGAAAAGCAGAACCAAUGUGUUGUUUGCAGUUUGUCAUUUAAAACGGUACAACAUUUAAAAACUCACAUGGAUGCACACCAAGAUGUAAAAAUAGAGCAUAAGUUAAAAAACGGCAAGGGUGAAAGUAAUGAAAAUACUUCUAAAGAUAUUUUAGAAAAGUCUGGUGAGAUUUCUGAAAAUGUAAAAACAGAGCAAAGUGGAAGCACUAAAAAAAUUAGUGUGUCAUGCUCCACAAUUACACCAACUGACAAAUUAAGCAAAGUAGAAGAUACCCAAUUAUACAAAUGCCCAAAUUGUGAUGCAGAGUUUUCAAAGAAAGAGUAUUUAAAAAAACAUUUCCAGGUACAUUCUAACAAACGAUAUGUCUGUAUUUUUUGUGAUAAGUCUUUUAAGUGGGAACACAGUCUAACCAGACAUCAAGAGUUGCAACAUCCAAGCAGCAUCAAGGCAAACAAUACACAUAUUGCAAACCAAGAACAAAAAUCCGAAGAAAAUAAACAAUCUGUUUCUCAUUCAGACAAUCAUAAAGUAGGAGUAAUUGAUGUUAAUCUCGGAUCAGCUACUGCAGAGUGUCCCGGCAAUUCUGAAAUGAGUUUAUCAACGGAAGAAUCAUGUAAUGUUUUAAAUCCUGCGGGAAACCAGAAUGUUCAUUUCGUUACAGAAAAGAUAACUUUAAGCAGUGAUUUUACUACUGCUAAGCAGGAGGUAAUAUUGAAACCUCAAUUCCCUUGUGAGACUUGCAACAUCAAUUUCUCCAACAGUCUUGAACUAUUACGCCAUUUAUUGAACUUGCAUAAAGCAGAAAUAAUGAAAGUAAAGAAUGGAUUUAAAAAAAAGCAUCAACCUAGAGACUAAUACUUGCUCUCUCACAGCAAACCUUUUUGUUCUUGUAAACUUUCCACCAGCACAAUUUGUUGUUUAUUGUGUGUUUUAGUUUCUUCUGUUAGCUGUUGAUAUCUUAAUAUGCAAUAGUAAUAUUUUAUACGUU